AUGGAUGAAGAUUUUGGAGAAUUAAAACUGCUCAGUUUUGGAAAUUGGAGUGAUGAUUAUCUGAAUGAAAUAGACACAUCAAAGUAUCCAUUUCCGAACACACUGUGGCAUGUCAAACCACCGAAAGAAAUCGCCAUAAAAACUUCUUUAAUGCUAACCAUCGUUGUACCAGGUCUUUAUUUAAACUUCGUCAUUCUCCUGGUUCUAAUCAAGAACAAAUGGCUAUGGAGUGCCAGUAACAUUUUAAUUGGCAAUUUGGCAUUUGUGGACUUUUUGAUUUUGCUGUUAGCACCGUGGUUCAUGUUGGUUAGAGAUUUCUAUCAGAACUACGUGUUGAAACAUUUUGGAUGUCGUUUUGAAGGGUAUUUACAAGCAUCCCUUCUAUUAGCAAACGUAGGUUCUGUGAUUCUCAUAUCAUACGACAGACUAGCUGCAGCAGUAUUGACAGCAGAAGCUAGAGUUACAAAAAAUGCAGCUCCGAAACUCAUUCUUAUGGUAUGGGCAGUAGCUCUCAUAAUUUCUAUACCAUGGAUUACUUGCAGGGAAUAUGCGGAACGCCAAUGGUUAGACUAUCUGGAGAUGUAUUGUGUGGAAGAUCCUAAUAUCCUUAACGUGUACUGGCAUUUCGUAAUCUCGCUACUGGUGUGGAUGCCAUUGGGUCUUAUGUCUAUUGCGUAUGGAGCCAUCAUGUGGCGCUUAGAAUGCAGUGCCAAAGAACUUUCAUCUCGUGGAGGAGGUCAACUUGUAACAAGAGCUAAAGGAAGAGCAAUGAGAGUAACUGCCUGCGUGUUAUUAGCUGAUGUUAUUUGCAGAAUUCCUUUCUCUGCUAUGCUGUAUUAUAGAUACAGAAAUAAUAUGUUCAUUAAUGCCGUGGAUGUAAAUUUCGAGAUUUUUUGGUUUGCCUCCAAUACUCUGAUGUUUUUCAACUGUAGCAUUAACCCUCUCAUCUACGGGUUUACCAACAAAAGAUUUCUGAAGGCUAUGGAUAGGACUCCCGGUGUAUCUUGUUGCAAAUUUGGAUCCUGGUGCUGUGUUUGUGGUUCGACGAAAAAUAAGGAACUUCAAACAGCGGACAAAAAUACUGAAAAGAUUUUCAUAAUAGAAAGUGAUGUACGUCCCAAUAAGAAACUCACCAGAAUGAUCAGAAACAUUCUGCACAUUAAUAAAGAUGUUUUAGAAUUAAGUGUGCCUAAAGUUGAAGAGGUUACCAAUAAACCCACUAAAUUGACACCUUUGAAAGAUGAUUUUGCAUAAAUCGAUAUCGAUAAACCGUACCUUCGUCUUGGUAUAAUAAAGCUACAGCUACAUGUGAUUUUGCGUCAAAACUGCUUUUAUCACAUGAAAGUCAUAAAAAUAAUACAAACUCCAUGAAACUUAUGUAUAAUUAUGUGAUAUUUUGUAACUCUCAUAUUUAAGCAUGAAAAAGUAAUCAUACAAUUUCUUACAUAUGAUCUUUAACCUCACUCUUAGAAAGUUGUUAUUUUGCAAAUGUGGCCUUAUUACACCAACAAAAGGUGCAAAACUGAGUUCUUACAUUUCAGCAUUCCAAAAUUUCUUUUUUCAGAUA